GCAUGAUCAAAAUUUUCCGGAAGUAGCAAUUGGAUCUUCAAAAUCCCUAAUACAUUGCCAUGUUGGUCUCAUGCAAGAAUAUAAAACCCUAGAACCCGAAUCAGAACCCAGGAAAAACGUGCUCACCAAACCAGAUAGAGGAUUUGGAGGUGUGGAUAUUCAUAUAUUCUCCCACCUGCAGAAUUUUCAAUCAGAUUGCGUUCCAAUAUCCUCCCCCGAUGAUGCUUUUAAGCUGUCUCAGUAGCAGUAAUAUUAUAUUUGUUGGUCAGAGAUCGUGCAAUGGCGGAUUUAAAAAUUAGCCCACGAUUACUCCGUCAUCGUCAGUGCCAGAUCUAUCUAGGGUUUUACACGAAGAAACUGGAAAACGUCGAAUUGAAACAUGAAGUAUUAUGGCUAUGUGUCCUUCAAAGACCUCGAUUCGACAAGCGGGAACAUCGGCGGGAAUAUCUGGCGCACGCUUUUUUGGCGCGUUCUUCUCUUCCGAAUAACUGCACCUUCUGUGCCUACAAUUUUCACUUCAGCAAGAAGGAUGGAAUCCGUGACUGCCAUGUUAGGAGAGUGGAACUCCUUCAGUGGAUUACAAUUCACUGAGGAGGCUUAUUUUAUGGCACAGUUGCUUGGCAGUUUUCCUCUUCCAAGUGAUUCUCCGAAUGUUUCUCCCUUUGAAGUUCCUUCUACAUCUUGGCCACAGCAAGAACUAACCAUGACCAUUGAUGAGGUCGAUGAAACUUCAGUUUAUUUGUCAGAUGACACCAGAAGCAAUCCACAUUGUCUGUUGACUGAUGGUGGUAGCAUUCUUUCUCGCACUUCAAUUGAUUGCUUGAAGGACAGGGAAAAAAGUAUAUUAUCCUCCAUUCCUCUCCUCUCGGACAACACUCUAAUGAAAGGAAAGGAAAGAGAUGAAAUAUUGGUUCCACAAUCUGGAAAAGAUAACAAAUUGUCUGCAAGCUCUAGGAAACGUUCUUGUAGCAUGGCAGAUGUCCAUGACAACAGGGAAAAGAUAAAGUGUAGAAAGAGUCGGAAACUCAUUUCUAAAGGCAACGGAACUGAAGCUGACCAUGAUGCAGUUUUUGGGCAAAUAAUGAAAAUCUAUGGAUCCGACGAUGACUCAAAUUGGUCUCAGGAGUCAAGCACAAGUUCAAGACCGAAAGAGACUGCAAAUCUGAACUCAAAUGGUAAGACAAAAGCAAAUAGGGGGUCAGCAACGGAUCCACAAAGUGUCUAUGCACGGAAGAGAAGAGAACGAAUUAAUGAACGGUUAAGAAUACUCCAGAGUCUUGUUCCUAAUGGUACAAAGGUUGAUAUAAGCACAAUGCUUGAAGAUGCUGUCCAAUAUGUGAAGUUUUUGCAGCUCCAAAUUAAGCUCUUGAGCUCUGAUGAUCUGUGGAUGUAUGCUCCCAUUGCGUACAACGGAAUGGAGAUUGGGCUUGAAUCUACGAUCCCAUCGCCAAGAUGAUGCACAUAUGUCUAUCCAAGUUACCACAUUGUUUCUUGAGUGAAGGAUGGUUUGCAUCUUGUAAUUUCUAGUCCAGAAAAGUAAAGAAUAAGAUGAUCUUAUGAUCGUAGCUCGGCAUAGAGGACGAGAAUAUACUUGCUUCAUUUUUCAGUCGAGAGGAUUGUUCGUUCAUGUAAAUAUUUCGGGAACUUGUAUUGUUACCCUU